AUGACGCACGGGGUGCGGAGCGACGGAGAGCAGCGCCUCCGCGGAUGUGACCGAGCGGCCGCAGGCCGAGCCCGCCUCCCUGCACCCGCGCGUCGGAAAGGGAGAGCAGCGCCUCUGGGGGCUGGCGGAGGCUCGGCGUGCGGCCGCUUCCGCGAGCCGGGCUGGGAGGACGGUAAUGAACGCUGCGCCCCCUGCGGGAGGAGUCCCGCCCUAGGGCAUUUCUGUUCCCGCACCCAGUCACGGGGGGCGUUGGCCCUGGAAAUCGUGCGGACCUUCCCGAGUACUGAGUUCCUGGUAUUCGCGAGCUCCAGCUCUCGCUGUCCCGGAGCGGGGUUCCCUCUGCGACGGCGCGCCGGGCGGUUCGGGGCAGGGCGCCGCCUCCUCGGGCGGAGGAAUAGUUUGGCCUGGGCUAAAACGUCUACAGACCCUAGGAUUGCUGUAGGUCAGCAGUCCCCACUGGAGAAGAAAAUCUUGGUGCAGAAGGAUCAGCUGGUUCUGGGCUUGCACCUGGCGCAGCGGUCUCAGGCACCUGGUGUUUGCGCACGUGGCGAAUCCUCUCUGAUGUCGGUGUCGCCAGCUGGGCGGUGGCUGGACAACGAUGCUCCCCGAUUUGCCUCCCGCACACUGUGGUCUCUGGCCUCCCAUCUCCAUGUCCCAGUGGCAGAGCCUCUGCCCUGCAUGGUCGUAUCACCCGAGUGCAAGGGGCAGGAGACGUAG